AUGGACGCUACCCACCGCAUAGCUUGUCAAGAAAAUUUGUUCAAUCCUCUCACCUCAAUGGGCAUGCAAGUGUCUGGCAUUCUUGUCAUCUCACACUUCUUCCACCUAUUGCUCAAGGGCUUGGGUCAACCUGGACCCAUUGCUCAAAUUUUCGCUGGAUUGGUGCUAGGUCCUACAGGGUUGUCAAAUAUUCCUCUAGUGAACAGGUUCUUUUAUCAGAGCACUGGUGCAGAUUUCUAUGAAAUUUUUGGUCUCUUUUGCCGUAUCAUAUUCAUGUUCCUAAUUGGGUUGGAGACUGACAUUCCUUAUGUAAGGCGCAAUAACGUAGUUGUGGUGACAGCCAUUGCAUUCGGUGGUGCCAUAAUAGGCAUGAUCUUUGGCCUAGCAACCUCUGCCUUUUUACACCAUGAGUUAGAAGUCCAAGGCCAAAAGACAAUGUUCGUGGCAAUCAUCGUUUUACUCUUAGCAUACACAGCUUCUCCGGUUGUGAUUCGUUUGGCUGCAGAGUUAAAGUUUGAUACCUCAGACAUUGGGCGAUUGGCAAUAAUUUCUUCACUCAUAAUUGAAAUGACAUGCUUGGCGAUUUUUAAUCUCGUUCUUGCUAUCCAUGCAAAUAAGGUGUACAAAUAUGGUAUCUAUUGUGUGCUACUUGAUGUGGUUAUCAUUUUUAUAAACAAGUACUUAGCUGAUUGGUUCAAUAAACGGGACAAUAACCAGAAGUACUUGAAGCAUACCGAGCUCUUCGUUAUCUUAUCACUUGUUAUAGGUAGCGCGAUGUAUGUGGAAUGGGCGAGUUUUAACAGCAUAGUCAGUUGUUUUGCCAUUGGCCUAAUGUUCCCUAAGCGGGGUAAAGCGGCAAGGACACUAAUACACAAACUCAACUUUUCAGUUCACAACUUCAUUCUUCCCAUUUACUUUGGCUACAUUGGGUUCCAAUUUAAUGGAAGAUUUUUGAAUAGUUGGAACAAUGUACUUAUUGUUGUCAUUAUGGUUUUGUUGAGCAUUGGCUGCAAGAUUAGUGGCACUCUUAUUGUUUGCCGUUAUCUAAAGAUUCCACUGAAUAAGGGGGUGCUUCUCGGUUUCAUAAUGAACCUAAAAGGCCAUGCUGAUCUUCUGUUCAUAGGGUCCUCCUCAAAGAUACUUAUGACGUGGAGUCCAAGAUCUUACAAUUUGUUGCUCAUAUCAAUCGUGAUUAACACAAUAAUAUCAGGGCCGGUGGUGGCUUUGCUAAUGAGAAAACAAGAAAACUUGUUGGGAAAUAUUCAUACAGAACUUGAAAUACAUGAUCCAGAUAAAGAAGAGCUUAGGAUGCUAGCUUGUGUAUAUGGACCUCGUCCCCUAUCAGCCAUACUUUCACUUGUAUCAGCAUUAAGUGGGUCUCAGAAAGCACCUAUCACCCCUUAUUUGAUGCAGCUAAUAGAGCUACUCCCAAAGCGUAGGACCAAUGUGUCCUAUCAUGAACUAGAAGCUGAUGAACUUAGCGACGAUGAAGACUAUGGUGGAAAUGAUGCACUAGAAAUCAAUGAAGCCGUGGACAACUUUACUUCUGAAACAAAAAUUUUGGUCCGCGUAACUAAAGCAGUGUCAUCCAUUGCAACUUUGUACGAGGAUGUGUGUAAUAGCGCUGAGGACUUAAGGGUAUCAAUUAUUCUUCUCCCUUUUCAUAAGCACCAAAGAAUUGAUGGAAAAAUGGAUAUUGGGAAGGAAGGGAUUAGGACUACAAACCAAAAGGUUCUUCGCCAUGCUCCAUGCUCAGUUGGUAUUAUUGUGAGUCGAGGCAUUGAUGGUGUCCCCGGGUUCUUACAACUACUUGGCUCUGACACUGUGCAACAUAUGGCAACUCUUUUCUUUGGUGGUCCAGAUGAUCGUGAAGCUAUUGCUUGGAGUAGACGCAUUGCUGCUCAUCCCCGCGUAAAUUUGACUGUCAUAAGGUUCCUACCAGCAUCAUCAUCAUCAAAUGUACGCAAUUCCCAGAUUGAUGAUUCAUCAGAUGAAGAUGAUGGAAUGUUUGUGAAACUAUCAAUACUAGAGAAGGGGAAUGACGUAAACGAAAUUGACAAUGCCUUCUUGUCCGAGUUCUAUAAUAGGUAUGUGACAUCGGGUCAAGUUGGAUAUGUGGAGAAGUAUGUGAACAAUGCGGCACAGACAGCGGCAGCUCUAAAAGACAUUGGAGAUAUGUAUUCAUUAUUCAUAGUUGGGAAAGGUGGGCGAGGAAACUCACCACUAACAACUGGUAUUUGUGACUGGGAGGAGUGUCCUGAGCUUGGAACAAUUGGAGAUUUCUUGGCUUCUUCAGAUUUCAAUAUCAACGGCUCAGUUUUGGUCGUUCAACAACAUAGGCACGCAAAGAAAGACGCUUUAGAUGACUAG